AUGGAAUAUACACAAACUUCUUGUGGGAAGAGUGAUCUGUAUUCGAAAGCUCCUGCAACCCCAUUGAAAGGUUCAAAUUUGGCGGGAAACCCCAAAGCUCUGGCCAAGACUAAUUCCAAAGCUCUGGCCAAGACUAAUUCUGAAGCUCUCGCCAAGACUAAUCGUCAGGAUUCGGCGCUUGACGAAGUGUCACUGCAAUGUGCGCAUACCGACCACCAAGAAGAUUCAGAACGGAGAGACUCAGCAUUCGAUGAGGUGUACAGAGCUAAGCCGGGCGAUAAGUCCCUGGACACGAACACCAUUAAGGAACUGCCCAACGGAGACAACCACACACAAGCGGGAAUAAACGACACAAACGGGGCAAUAAACGACACAGCACACGGGGGGGGAAGCGAAGAGGAUGACAUAAGCGACACACCCGCAGCACGCCGUGCCUCUACGAAGCCCACAAACACGACGGAGGAACUAGAGCUGCAGGUGAGGGAAGCUUUUGGUUUGUAUUUGGGACGUGAAAGAGCAUGUCUGUGUUAA